AUGUCCGAGAUGCGUGCGUAUGCUGAGAGCCAUGACCAAUCGAUUGUGGGAGACAAGACGAUUGCCUUCUGGCUCAUGGAUGCAGAGAUGUACACAGGCAUGGGCGAUGAUGGCACUCCGGGCACAGUGGUGGUAGAACGGGGGAUGGCCAUGCACAAGAUCAUCCGGCUGCUCACGUUAGGGCUCGGUGGAGAAGGUUAUCUGAACUUCAUGGGCAACGAGUUCGGACAUCCUGAGUGGGUGGACUUCCCUCGUGAAGGGAACAAGUGGUCCUACGCACAUUGCCGACGGCGCUUUGACUUGGCUGACAGCGGGCUGCUGCGGUAUCGAUUCCUUCUCAAGUGGGAUGUGGCCAUGCAUGCCAUGGAGGAGAGCACGGGCUUCGCCAGCGACGAGCACCUCCUGGUGUCCAGCCAGCACGAGGAGGACAAGGUGAUUGUCUUCGAGCGCGCCAACCUCCUCUUCGUGGUGAACCUUCAUCCUUGUAAGGACUACGCCGACUACAAAGUGGGCGUGCGCGAGCAUGGAAGGUACAAGAUUUGCUUGGAUUCCGAUGCCUACGACUUCCGUGGCAGAGGCCGGACCAUUCACGACUGGGCCUACUUCUCCGAGCCUGAGGGCGUUCCGGGAGGACCGGGUAACUUUAAUGAUCGCUGCGCCUCCAUCACACUCAAGGCGGUCACCUUUUCUACUCUUAGUUUACUGUGGAACCUAGCUUGGUUCAUCAGCCUCUUCGCUACAGGUCGGGGGCCCGAGAUGCGAAGCAAGGGGCCGAAGAUCCUGACAGCCAGGAUCAAGAAGACCACUUCGGCCGUGGAGCUCUUCACUCUCCUGGAUGCGGAGCUCGACAGCCCGUGCUUCAACGCUCUGCACACGUCGGCCGCCUUUACCCGGCUGGCCUUCCUCAAGAAGCGGCAACGGCUGGCAAAAGCCGAGGUGAGGGAUCCUGUGCUGAGGCGGCUGGCUGCCAAUCUCCACCGGCAGCUCCUGCAAGACAAGAUAUCGCCGCGUGCAGCCGCGAACAUUCUGUGGGCUGUCGUUCAGGUUCAUGGAGAUGUCGCAAAGCACAUGGCCGCGGAGGCAGCUCUGCUCACGCGCUGUGUGCAGCAGAAGGCUGGCAGCAUGAACGCCUUCGACCUCUCGAACUGCCUGUGGGCCGUGGCAAGUCUUCAUCGGGCGGAGCCUGAGGUCCUCAAAGCCGCGCCAGCUCUGGCAAAGAGCAUCCCCCGCAGGGCUGCCCAGUUCGUGCCACAGGCGCUGUCCAACAUCCUGUGGGCGGCUGCCACUCUGCAGGAGUCGGCGCCAGAGGUCUUGGCUGCAGUGCCUGCUGUCGCAGCGAGCAUUCCCCGCAAGGUGGCGGAGUUCAACCCGCAGGACUUGUCGAACUGCCUCUGGGCCGCGGCCACUCUGCAGGAGGCGGCCCCGGAGGUGCUCGCGGCUGUGCCCGCCUGCGCGGAGCGCGUCCCGGAGCAAGUUGAGAAGAUGAUUCCCCAGCACUUGUCGAACUGCUUGUGGGCAGCCGCGAAUCUGCAAGAGUCCCUGCCGGUCGUGCUGACCUUUGUGCCGUCUGUGGCGGAUCGCAUACCGAACCAGGUCGAACGCAUGAUUCCCCAGGCGCUGUCGAACUGCCUCUGGGCGGCGGCCUAUCUUCAAGAGGCGGCGCCAGCAGCCCUCACGGCUGUGCCUGCCAUCGUCAAGUGUAUACCGCGCAGGGUCGACCGUAUGAUUCUACAGGAGCUGUCCAACUGCCUGUGGGCAGCAGGGAAUCUGCAAGAGGUGGCCCCGGUCGUCUUGACGGCUGUGCCUGCCAUUGCAGAGCGACUGCCUCAGAAGGUGGUUGAGAGUAUUGGGCUCGGGCGUGGACAGCAUCCCGGCCAGAAGCUACACAGGCGGGCAACACGUCUGCCCUGGCAGUUCACCCAUCGCGCGAGGUGGAGGACGUGA